UCCUUAUAAUUUGCUCUUCGUUUUCUCCCGUCUCUCUUCCAAUCCGUAUCCGAUUCCGGCUGUAAUAUUUUACGGUUUGUUGAGAUUCACAGUGGUCGCCGCAGAGGCCUAUUUCUGCAUUCUGUUUUGGAAGUUUCCACAUCGCCAUGGAUUCCUUCACGCCGAAGAAGAGCCGCCUCGCGCGCACCUUCGCCAAGGUCCUGCACGAGGAUAUCAGGAAGGCCAAAUCUCGCGAGAAGAUUAACAAGGAUCGAGACAAGGCGGUUGGAGAAGCUUUUGUGGCGAAGCUCUUCGCCGCUUUAUCGUCGAUUAAGGCGUCAUAUGCUCAAUUACAGUGCGCGCAAUCGCCGUACGACGCCGACGUUAUUCAAUUGGCGGAUCGGGCGAUUGUUGCUGAGCUGAAGAAAUUGUCGGAGCUUAGGCAGCGAUUUUCGAAGAAGGAGCUCGCUGAGGCGUCUCCGGCGACGGCGCUGCUCGUCGCCGAGGCUCAGGAGCAGAGCAGUCUCGUGAAGAUGUAUGAGAUCACGAGUCGGAAGCUCGAUUCGCAGGUGAAGCUGAAGGAAUCGGAGAUCGUGUUUUUGAAGGAGAAGCUGGCGGAGAUCGAUGGCGACUGCAAGCUGCUCGACAAAAGGCUCAACUCGAGCGGAGGAGGAGGAGGAGGACAGCUGUCGUUUCGAGAUCGCGGAGAGGUGAGACCGAGCCAUUUCGUAUCGCUGCUUCGGCAGGCGGUGAAGUCGGUUCGGAGCUUCGUUCGGUUGCUCGUGGACGAGAUGGAGUCGGAGGAUUGGGAUCUGGACGCCGCCGCGGCUUCGAUCCAGCCUGGCGUCUCGUUUUGGGAGCGGAGUCACAUUUGCUUCGCCUUCGAAUCAUUCGUUUGCCGAGAGAUGUUCGAUUGCUUCGAUCGCCCCUGUUUCUCCGAAAAAUACGCGUCGUCUUCGCCGGAGAAGGAGAAUCGCCGCCGCGAGUUCUUCGAGAGAUUCACGGAGCUGAAAUCCGCGAGGCCAGCGGAUUAUCUAGGUCGGAAGCCAAAAUCGAUAUUCGCGGAAUUCUGCCGCGCGAAAUAUCUACGUGUAAUUCAUCCGAAGAUGGAGGCGUCGCUUUUCGGCAAUCUGGAUCAGAGGAAUCUGGUGAGCUCCGGCGUGAUGCCGGAGAACGCGUUCUUCGCCACCUUCUGUGAGAUGGCGAAGCGCGUGUGGAUGCUGCAUUGCCUCGCCUUCGCAUUGGACCCGGAGGUGGCGAUUUUUCGGGUGAGCAAUGGGAGCCGGUUCUCGGAGGUGUACAUGGAGAGCGUGAACGACGAGGCUUUCGAUGCAUCCCCGGAGCCAGUAGUGGCGUUCACUGUCGUUCCGGGGGUUAGGGUCGCGAGCGUCGUCGUUCAAUCGCAAGUGUAUUUAAUUUAAGGUGAUCGUCGCCGAUGGCAAAGGCAGGCUUGGAACCUCUUUUUUUUGGUGGUGAUUGCCUUGGCUUGAUUAGAAUUAGGAUUGUUUAUUUAAUUAGAUUUACAUAUGGUUAUGUUGUUGUGUAUCAAUAUCUGCAAAAUUAUUUAAUGAAAGUUGCAGCUGUACAUUGUAUGAUUAAGCUAGUUGGCAUUUGUAUUUUCUUGAA